AAUGAUCCUUUCUUGAAGUUAAAACCUCCCCUUCCUGCAGUCAUAAAAAUUCACUACCCUCACACUCAUCCUGUGUUGGAAAAGAAAUUUUUGAGAAAAAAUAAAAUGACAAAUGAGAUGAGGAAAAUAUUUUAUGAAUAUUUCAAGCAUGAUAUUGUGGGAAUGAAUGCCAAGAAACUUCACCUCAAGUUAUUGCGAGAAGCAAAUUUCCCAUACAUGGAUGAUCGAUGCAUAAAUCCUCGCUUAGACACAAUAUAUAGACUUCACAGAUUUUGGUUGAAGGAGGUUGCACCUAAAGACAGUAUUGAAGCAGAUCCGGCAUCGGAAAAGGAAGAUGGUAGUUCGCAACUUGAAAACAUAAAAAAAGAAGACUCUUGCCAUGAGGAUUUUGUAAAUCAUAUGAAAGAAACUAUUAUUGGGCUUACCAGCUUUGAUGCAGAACCAAGUGCUGAUAUUUUUGACAUUGAAUCAAUUAAAAGUGAACCAGUUAUGGAUUCAGCUCCCAAAGAUAACCUCUCAAUCAAAAAAGAGCGUACUGAAAGUGAAGAUACUGUUCAAGAUUUUAUUUGCAUUGCCAAUGUUUCCGGCAAUGCCAUAGAAUUGGCAAAUUACAGAGACCAACAAAGAAUAAGUUGUUUAAAUUACAUGAUGAAUCAAUACCGACCAAUCAUGCCGAAACCAGUUCCAGGAGAAACUAAUUCAAAAAUUGAAAUUCCAGCAAAUAACAGAAUUGUUUCCACUCCAAUUAAUCCAAAUAUUCUUCAGAGUACAAAAAUUCUUCAUCAAAAGCCUAUUUUGUUCUCAAAGCAUGGAGUUGUGAAACACAAAUGGAGGGAAGAACUCUCAUCUGUUUUGUGGCUAGAGAUUGUACUAGUAAUACUGGCAGGUGCAGCAUGA